AUGGCGUCCUCUGUGAUACUGUCGACCAGCGUCUUUAUCUCAACUUCACUAUUAACGGCAUUCAGCACAAUCUACCAAACUUCCAAACCUGUAGUGGUCACCACUUUGACAUCGGUCGCAAGUCAGCUCAGUACCUUUGUUCAGUCAACCACAAUCACAAAGUCCGAUAUCGUCAUGGCAUCAACACUAUCCAUUCCAACCACCGUUACCUAUACUCUGUCGCAAGUACUGACAAGCUACGCUCCAGCAAGCACGCCGACAAUCGCUGCUGCACCGUUAACAGUAACCGCGACUAUCACUUCGACUCUCUUCCAACCACCCGAAACACUUACCUAUUGGCUACCUCCACCUCCACCUCCUCCAACGACAACGACGGUCUCCGCAAACCCAACAGAGUACCUGGGAGGAAUAAUAUACGCACCUCUUCUCCCAGUCACAGUCACCGAACUCAUCUUCUUCCUCGAGAACGCGGCUGGCAACGUCUACUCCACCAUCACCACAACCAUUGCACCGUCUACUCUCCCAACGUCGCCGAUCAUCAUCGUGCCAGGCAAAGAAGAGCCUAAGCACGGCUGGGACUCGUGGAAUGACUCGCAGAAAGGUGGUCUCAUAGCUGGUGUCGUGCUUGCGUUUCUGCUUUUGCUAGGUCUCCUUGGCCUGCUGUGGCUCUGUCUCAGGAGAAGGAACAAUGUCUGGGUUGCAAGCGAUUGGACAGGUACACCGGUCGUACAACAGUCUGGGAAUGCAGUGAUGGUCCCGCAGACUUACUGGGGACCUGGACCGGCAGGAUGGGGUCUGAGGAACUGA